AUGGUCCACCAAGAGGCUCAAGUAUUUGAAGAUGAACCGGCUCUGAUUCGAUGCCUUCCACAGUUAAACGAUCUUCGCCUGGCACGUGACUUGACUGAUCUGGCUAUAGAGUUACAAGACCACGUCACACUGCAUGUUCACAGCGUGGUUUUGGUCUCCAGAGUGGCCUCGCUGCGUGACUCCGUGUGUGGAACGCCUAGCAAAAAGAAGGCUUUCGUGCUUCAGUGGCCGACAGUCUCCUCCGAAGCCGCUAGACCCCUGAUAGAUUAUGUUUACACGGGUCAGCUGAAAGUCAGUGAAGCCCAUGCUGCUGAUCUGGUGAUGCUGUCCAAACAACUUGUACUGCCCAGAUUGAAGAGUGGGUGCUGA